UAGAUAAUCAAUUUGAGCACGGCGGGAUUUCCUGGUUAACUCACUGUUCUUUUCGGAAGCUGCAAACCUACAUGUUAUAUUAAAAAUAAAGGAAUGUGGUUAUGAUGUGUUCUUUGGCGCUUUUCCCCCCUCCAUUGCCCGGCGAUGGAGAGACGUCUCACUACUACAGUAAGGAUGAGUUCACUACAGAUCCAUCUGUCUGGUUUGAGGAAUCACAUGCUCUGAAUCUUUACUUUCCACGAGAGUCAUUGAAGCCUCAUAGCCGGCCAGAGAGCAGCAGCAAGGCAGCCUUUCGGGACCAUUGUGAGACGCUGUACACAAGGAGCGCAGGAGCUUGGCGUGAUGCUGGCCUCUCUGGGCUCCUAAAUGAGAUUGCCAACUCCAGUGCAGAGGUACCCAAGUGGCUAGGGGUGAGCUCGCGCUGUGUCCUGGCUCUGUUACAGUGGGUCUCGUCUUUCCACGGCUCCCUGUUUCCUCACCUUACCUUGAGUAGUGAGGAAAUGACCGCUGAGUUUUCCCAAGUCCUUGACUGGUCUGACUGUGCGGUGAGGGGCUUUGCCUGGCACCCCCAUACACAGAAAUGUGCUGUGGCCCUUCUUGACGACUCCAUCAAAAUCUACAACCCUAAGAGUUCUACCAGUCCCACCCUGAAACACCGCCUGCAACGGAGCGUCGCUGCCCUGCAGUGGAAGCCUCUGUGUGCGUCCGACCUGGCCGUCGCCUGUCACAACUGUCUGCUGGUCUGGCAUGUGGACCCCACCUCACUCUCUACCAGGCCCUCCUCUGGCUGCGCCCAGGUCCUGUCCCACCCAGGCCACUCCCCUGUGACGUCCGUGGCGUGGUCCCCCAGCGGAUCUCUCCUGGUGUCGGCAUCUCCCAGGGACACGGCCAUGUUGGUGUGGGACGUAGCGGUUGAGAGCUGUGUGCCCCUCCACCGCGUGGGAGGGGGUGGGGUUACCCACAUCUCCUGGUCUCCUGACGGCAGCCGUUUGAUGGCAGCUACGCCGUCCUCACUGUUCAGGGUUUGGGAAACCAGGAUGUGGACUUGCGAGCGAUGGCCAAGUCUGAAGGGGCGCUGUCAGUCUGGCUGUUGGAGUCCUGAUGGCAGUCGACUGCUCUUCACUGUGCAAGGAGAGACCGUCAUAUAUGCCCUGACUUUCACUGACACACCAGGGUUGCCUUUAGGGAUGUCUGGAGGACCAAAGGCAGCAACCGUGGUGGCCGACCUGUCUGAAACCAGCUUGGACACACCGGACGGAGAUACCAUGGUGGGAGGGGAGAUCCAGUCAUUAGCCUGGGACCCAAGAGGAGAGAGACUAGCCGUACUUCUCAAAGGAGACGCCGGAGCAGGCCGCCCCGCCAUGAUAGCAGUGUUCAAGACACAAAUCAACCCUGCUUUUAAACUUCUGCCAUGUGGUUUUGUCCAGGGGGAGCCUGGAACAGAGCCAAGACUGAUGCAGUUCAACCCAAACUUCCGACACGGAGCCCAGCUCACUGUGUGCUGGUCCAAUGGGAAGAUCACCCACGUGGCGUUCUACUUUAUGAGUGCCCGGGUUCCCCAGCCUGGCGUUGGAGGCAGCCCCCCGCUCCCCAUUUCCCAGGGCAGGCCAGCAGACUAUGUCAACCAGACCCUGUACACUGAACUUAUCUCCUGAUCAAAUCAUGUACCAUUUGUAAAUCUUUUUGAAUAAACCUGUACGCAAAUG